ACCGCACAACGCCCUUUAGUUCCGCCCAGAAGGGAAAUGACGCCGGCGCAGAAAAUGGCGUCCGCAAAGCCUGUGUACUGCUGUGGUUUGUUACCCGUCUAAUUCAGAGGCAGAGUGGGGGGGUCUCUCCGUCUGGCAGAUGGACGAUAAUAAUAUGGCAGUGCACCGCUGCCGUCCGCUUUCUUGAGCCCGGAAUCGAACCCGCAACUUCAUGUCCGAAGGAGCCAGAGCUGCCUGGUCGAAGAGGGGUUGUGGGGAUUCGCACCGCCGAGAACCAGGGAAACAUAAACACAGGAAAUGCGAGCGGCCCCUUAGCGCUCAGCCGUCAAAGCCUGUGAUUGUUCGCCCGGGCUCCAAAAGGUGUGUUAUGUCGGGGGCGGAUGUGGAGGUGUACCUGUCCCAGGUACACGAUGGGAGUGUGUCGUCGGGCUUCCGGGCGCUGUACGAGGAGCGUCUGCUGCUGGACGUCACGCUGUUGAUAGAGGAGCACCACUUCCAGGCCCACAAGGCGCUUCUGGCCACGCAGAGCGACUACUUCCGGGUCAUGUUCACGGCGGACAUGAGGGAGAGGGACCAGGACAAGAUCCACAUGAAGGGGCUGACGGCCGCUGGGUUCGGCCACAUCCUCCGCUUCAUGUACUACGGCUCGCUGGAGCUCAGCAUGCCCACUGUGCAAGAGAUCCUGCAGGCGGCCAUGUACGUCCAGCUGACGGAGGCGGUGGAGUUCUGCUGCUCCUUCCUGCUGGCCAAGAUCUGCCUGGAGAACUGCGCCGAAGUCAUGCGGCUCCUGGAGGACUUCAGCGUGGGCGUGGAGGGCGUCCAGGAGCAGCUCGACAACUUCCUACUCGACAACUUUGUCCCCCUCAUGAGCCGACCCGACUUCCUGUCCUACCUCAGCCUGGAGAGACUGCAGGCGUACCUGAACAGCGACGCUCUGAGCCGCUUCCCAGAAAUCGAGCUGUACGAAGCUGUUCAGUCGUGGCUGCGACACGACCGGCGGCGCUGGAGGCACACGGACACCAUCGUGCAGUCCAUCCGCUUCUGUCUCAUGACGCCCGCCAACAUCUUUGAGAAGGUGAAGACGUCAGAGUUCUACCGUUACUCCAGACAGCUGAGGCAGGAGGUGGACCAGGCGCUCAGCUACUUCCAUGAUGUCAACCAGCAACCUCUGGUGGAGACGCGCUCCAACCGCAUCCGCUCCGUCCGCCCGCAGACCGCCGUCUUCAGGGGGAUGAUCGGUCACAGUAUGGUCAACAGCAAGAUCCUGCUGCUGCAGCGCCCAAAGGUGUGGUGGGAGCUGGAGGGACCUCAGGUGCCACUGCGACCGGACUGCCUGGCUAUUGUCAACAACUUUGCCUUCCUGUUGGGCGGAGAGGAGCUGGGGCCCGACGGGGAGUUUCACGCUUCCUCCAAAGUCUACCGCUACGACCCUCGCCAGAACUCCUGGCUACGCAUGGCGGACAUGUCCGUGCCCAGGUCAGAGUUUGCUGUGGGCGUCAUCGGCAAGUUUAUCUACGCGGUGGCGGGCCGGACGCGAGACGAGACCUUCUACUCCACAGAGCGCUACGACAUCACAGAGGACCGCUGGGAGUUCGUGGACCCGUACCCGGUAAACAAGUACGGUCACGAGGGAACGGUCCUCAAUGGAAAACUGUACAUCACUGGUGGAAUCACGUCCUCCUCCACCUCCAAACAGGUGUGUGUGUUUGAUCCGGGGCGGGAAGCCGGAGGUGGGGGAGGAGGAGGGAGCUCGGGCGGCUCGGACGCACACAGGACACGCGCCGGCCGAGGCCCCCUGCUGCCCGGCACUCACGCCAGCUGCUGGGAGAACAAAUCCAAAAUGAACUACGCCCGUUGCUUCCACAAGAUGAUCUCUCACAACGGGAAGCUGUACGUGUUCGGAGGCGUGUGCGUGAUCCUGCGGGCUUCCUUCGAGUCGCAGGGCUGCCCGUCCACCGAGGUGUACGACCCAGAGACUGACGAGUGGACCAUCCUCGCCUCCAUGCCCAUUGGGCGCAGCGGCCACGGGGUGGCGGUGUUGGACAGGCAGAUCAUGGUGCUGGGCGGCCUGUGUUACAACGGCCACUACAGUGACUCCAUCCUCACCUUCGACCCCGACGAAAACAAGUGGAAGGAGGACGAGUAUCCCAGGAUGCCUUGCAAACUGGACGGUCUGCAGGUGUGCAGCCUGCAUUUCCCAGAGUAUGUGCUAGAGCACGUCAGACGCUGCAGCUGAGGUCUGCUCCACAACACGCCUCCUUUUAUAGAAAUGGGAAUGCACUGUUCAAGGACUGAAGUCUCCCGCUGGGAGACCAGGUGUUUACAGGUGAGAGACUCUAAUGAUGUGCAGGCUUUUAACCUAGAGACCAGCACUUACCUAAGGUAAGGAAAAGAUGGCUGGGGCCAUAGAUUCGCUCUUCUUACUGAAGGCAGUCGAAGCGUGGCGCGGUUACACGCCACACGUUAACAGUCAGCUUGAACAUUUUCAGAAUUAGCUUUCUCAGAAAAUUAAGGAAAAUAAUGGUGGGGAGAAAAAAAGGUUUCAUUCUGCUGGUUUAUGUUUGGACUGUGGUCAGUUUCCUAUUCUACUACUCACCUACUGUAUUAAGCUGUCCAGUCAGGCUUACUGCAGAAACGCACUGGAAGCGUCAGAGUCAUUCAUUUACAAAGGGAACCUGCUUUUAUUUUACUCCAUCUUCACCAGUCAAUGAAAACCUGAAGUCUCGUCUGAAUUAUGCGUCUCCUCCUGCGUCGCAGCCAUCCACCUAUUUAAAGGCAAACACAUCCUGUAUAUCUUUAAUCCAGUUGCUCUUGUUGAGAAAUAGGUUAGUGACGAUUUCCACCGAUCACAAAACGCCCUGUCAGAUAUAUAACAGCAAGUUAAAGCGUACAAUGAGGUAUAUAAACAAAAUGUAACACUAUAUACUGUAGUGUAGUUGAUAUCAUAGCCUGUCUCCAAGUAUACGAAGCAGAUUAGAGAAUGGAGACCGUUAAACAUGACGAUGUUGCCACAGAUGCUGCUGACGCUUCAGGCUGCCGCUGUAAUCUGCCCGAUUACAAAUCCAUAAAUUCAGGUUUCGCUUCCAGUGCGUUUUGGCUUUUUCCUCCUAAUUCUGCUCUUUACUCCCAGAUAUCCACUCCACUGUGCUCAUGUCCAUAUAACGUCACCGUGUCUUUCUGUGUCCCCUCUCCUCCCUCUGUCUCAUAGUUUGAGAAUAUUUGUGUGUGUGUGGAUGAGCGAGAGCUGAACGCAAGAUUGAGAGGGAAAAAAAGAUAAAAAAACGCCGCACAACUCCAUGGUACACGAUGGUUCGUUCUUCAUACGGUGACGAUGUCGUAGGCGGAGGUAACGUCUCGGAGCGGUCCUGUAUCUGUCCAGUCACUGGCAGUGCUUUACUUACUCUCAUCUACAUUCCCUGCACUUUAUUGCCUCUGGUUGGGUGCAACAGUUCACCAGCUAAACCUUCCAAGCAGCUGUAGUGUCACAACACGCCUGUAACGCUGGAGACGUUUAGCAGUGUCUGAAAUUAACUGUCUGUCUGACUCGCAGUGAACGCACCAUGAAAUAUGCAGCAAGUUAAAAUCAUCGAAGAACAUGUUGAUAUUCUUAAACUAAACCUUCUGCAAGAGAAGAUGAUUCGUAAAACAACUUGAUGGAUACGAGCUGUUCACGAGGAGGUCGUUAUUAUAAUCAAAGGCCCUAAAAUAGUGUCAGAAAGCUUCCUGCUCUGCUGCGUUUGUGGAACAGAUUCAUUCACAGAAAUAUUAUCAAAGAGUGAAAACAAGAUUUUUACACAGCAGAGCUUCAGGUCCUGCAGUCACAGACUUAGUUGUAUGGCUGCUGUUAAGUAUUCAGUUAUGAUUCAUCCAUAUAUCCUUUUUUUAAUCUGUAAAAUGUCAAAAUAAAUUGCCAAAAAAAAAAAAAAAUGCCCGUCACAGCUUCUCAGAGCUCAAGGUGACGUCUUUAAACGUCGUCUUUGUUUGACCAUCAGUAUAAAACCCACAGGCUUUCAUUCAAUAACGAAAUAUGACAAAGAAAAUCAGAAAGUCCGCACAGGAGUGAGAGAAGUUUCCAAGUUUCUGUGCAGUAAAAUGCACCAGUAAAAAUCCCCAGAUGUUCCUGUAAACCAGUGAAGCUCAGUAGAAUCAACACCAGCCAGUGUUUCCAGAUGUUUGUCCACUGAAGCGUUUGUCAGGCUGUUAAUUUCAGACACUGAGAUCUCACCUGGAGCACUUCAGCCAUGUCAGAGGAGUUACUCAGCAGAUGUCCAGCGCCUUGACCCUGCAGCCCAGCAGCUCCUUGUCCUUUCUGGAUAUUUAUUUUUCCUUUUUUUUUUUUUAAAUUUUUUAAAUUUUUAUUUUCAUGAGCCAACUGUGAAAAGGGCUAGAGCACACACUGAUGCAGUUCUGUCUGUCAGCCGCGUAUUUAAGUUAUUUAUUUUGUGAGGUAUUGCUUUUCACCGAGCUAUGCAGUUACAGUAGUCGGAUUAUUUAUUAUGAGAAGAAUUUCAUUGUGAGCCGUAUUGUUUUCAGUCCUUGUCUUCGUUCCUCGUCUCACCCUCGGCCGUCUGUCCUCCUCCACCUCAGCAGCACUGCAUGUGGCUGAUGAAUGGAUGCUGUGGAGAAACGUCUCCCGGGUUCCCAAGAAGAGAGUCAGUGAGCCUAUAGGUGGAAAUAUUUGAACAUUUUUCUUUGGUCUUAACACAUGAACAGGUGCAUUUUAAAGGAGAAUACUGGUGUCAUUUCAAAUUACAGUCCAGUUAUCACCGUGUCCAGCAACUUUACCUUUCCUUUCAUGCAAAUGAAGAUUCACCAGAUGGUAAAUUUUCAGGUUUUCCAUCAUUUCCAAAACAUAAAUUGUUGGUGGCAGAUUUCAAUUUGAUUCUCUGGUAUUAUCUUUUAAUUCAUGAUUCUUUGAAUCAACAUUGUCCCUGUUGUCCAUACACGAACCUGAAAACCUGAGCCGCAGCGUUACAGUGUUGAUGCGAUGCCACCUGGGUUCGUAUUUUUGGGGAAAUCUUCAACGCUUCAUGUCACUGGCAGAGAUCUGAGAUUGUGUACAUUUCCUCUGUGAACGCCUCAGCAGUGAGAAGUUGUGUGUGUCCCUGUGGACUUUUAACGUAAUCUCAGUUUUCUAAUUUGGGGAAAUGUUUGAAAGCAAAAAAAAUAAAUAAAUAAAAUGCAUUUAACGCAGGAGGGCUGCAACUGAAGAUUAUUUUCUUAGUCGAUUAAUCGUUUAGUCCGAAAAAAUGUCCGUCAUAAUUUCCUACAGCUGAAGGUGACGUCUUCAAAUGUCUUGUUUAAACCCAAAGAUCUGUCAUUUACUGUAAAAAGAAAAGCGAUUAAUCAACUAAUCGUUGCAGCUCUGAAACGCAGCCGUUGCACUACUUGUCAUUUCACAAAUGUUUUGCCAUCAAACCUGGUAAAACAGGAGUGAAAUGAAAAUAGAAAACACUAAGUCAAAGGAAAAUAAGCUAUUUUUGCUUUCAGACUCUAUUCUAUCCCAAAUUUCUAAACUUUUUUUUUAAACUUUCAGAUAUUUUUAUUCAAAUUCUUCACACUUCACAUUUUAUUUUCUCAUUUUUGCACUUUUUUUUCCUGGUCACUUUUCUUUUUUUUUUUUACGCCUCAACAAUCUUUAAAAGCCACAGGAGUCUCACAUGUGCUGAACACACACAUGGUCACACUGUCGGAGGCAUGUGUGGUUGGGAAUCAAGCCUCUUUUUAAAUCCACGUCCCUCUUACAUUACUCUGAUACCAUGAACAUCACAUCUGUCACUCUGCAGUCCUCUCGCUGCUCCUCCUCUCAUGAUGCUCUUUAAAGAAGAAACAUGUACCUGAUGAAGUACUACUGUCCUGAGUUGAGGCACAUUCAGUCAUAGCGCAGCAUCCUUUAGUCCACCAGUCUUCAGUCUGUCAGUAGGAAAACAGAAUAGAGGAUUAAAAAAAAAAAAACAUACCUUGCUACAACGACUGUAUCCGAAAAAGAAAGUAAAAUCAGAUUAACAUAUCUUAUAAUCUGAGUAGAAACUCUUUGGAAACGAUUUGUAACUUCUUUCCAGAAAUAAAUGUUCAUAUUGGUCAACUUUCA